UUACAAUUGUAAGCGCUUUGGCGAUUUCAUGAAAAGUUUGUUGGGAAAUGUGGUGCUAAGAGUGUCGAGACUUUCACAAGUUACUCCAGUGCUCCAAAGACGAGGCUUGAUAUGUUUGUUAUCUCACAGUGCUACUUUCAAAGAAAGUUGGUAUAUCGAGCCCAAAUGCACUGGUCGAACUCACGGAUUCAUAACAGGAGCAACCAAAAAUGAAAAGGGACGCCUUGGCGUCUUCGUCGGAAGUUGUUACAAGUGUUCAUUCGAAAAAGUUAAACUGGGAAAUUUUCGUAUGCUUCAAAACUCAGUUGUUCAUUCUCGUGGAGGACUACUGUCGUUAGUCCAAACGAACAAGUCAGGUUGUACAACUUCAAGCAGACAAUUUUGCUCAGACGAGAAUACCAAACACAACAAGUCGAAAAAUGAAGAUAAGGGCAGAAAGUCGGAAGCAGAAAGCACAACGGAAACUGAGAAGGAUAGUGGAAGGACUGGUUUCGGAAGAUUUUAUCCCAAAUCCAGGAAACUCAAUGACAAGGAGAAUAAUGAACGGUCAUCUUCAGCCAGUGGAGAAGAAAAGUCUAAUGAGAAAGGCAGCCUAAAUAAUGUUCCAGGUGGAAGUCAGUAUCAGUUAUUUGCCCUGUUAAUUGGAGCUGGAUUGUUAUUGUCCAUGUUAUCGUCAAGUAACCAGGAUGGUGGAAGUCGUGCACCUGAGACAAGUUGGCAAGCCUUUCGCAGAGACAUUUUGCCAACAGGAAGAGUUUCGAAAAUUGUAGUUGUGAACAAAGAUGUAGCACGGGUUUAUGCUCGUAACGCAAAUUCCAAACUUGGUGAUCCGAACGUAGAAAUAUGCUAUUUUCGGAUAGGAGAUCUGGAAACUUUUGAAAAUAAGCUACAAGAUGCUCAAGAAGAGCUAGGCUUUAGUCCGAAGGAGAUAGUUCCUGUCGUAUAUUCUAAUGAAACUUCCUUAUUAAGCACUGUCAUCGCCUGGUCGCCUACUAUCUUACUAAUUCUUGUUUACCUAUACUUUUUACGAACAGGUGGUUUCGGUCCUAUGGCUGGUGGUAUUGGAGGUCCAGGUUCAAGAGGCUCUUCGUCUAGUGCAAGUCGAAACAUAUUUGGUGUCGGAAAGGCCAACGUUACUGUCAUGAACCGAGAUACGAAUAAAGUGAGCACAACCUUUAAAGAUGUUGCUGGACUGGAUGAAGCCAAGACCGAAGUGAUAGAGUUUGUUUAUUACUUGAAGAAUCCUGAACGUUACAAGGAAAUUGGCGCCAAGAUACCGAAAGGUGCACUGUUAUAUGGACCUCCUGGAACUGGCAAAACUCUUCUUGCAAAGGCAACUGCAGGAGAAUCUGGCGUUCCUUUCUUGACUAUGAGCGGCUCAGACUUUAUGGAGAUGUUUGUGGGUGUUGGUCCAAGUCGCGUCAGGGACCUUUUUGCACAAGCUCGCAAACUUGCUCCUUGUAUAAUUUUUAUUGAUGAAAUUGAUGCAAUUGGUAGAGCUCGAGGUAGAGGUGGACUUAUUGGCGGUAAUGAUGAAAGAGAAAAUACUUUAAAUCAGUUGUUAGUGGAAAUGGAUGGAUUUUCUCCAAAUAGUGGUGUUGUUGUGUUCGGAGGAACUAAUCGAGCAGAUAUUUUGGACAAUGCACUGCUUCGACCCGGUAGAUUUGACCGUCAAAUCUUGAUUGACGCUCCAGACAUACGUGGCCGCCAUGAUAUUUUCUUAGUGCAUCUUCGUCCUUUGAAAGUUAGUGAUCCCCCUGGAAUUGAAAAGGUAGCCCAGAGAUUGGCAGCAUUGACACCCGGUUUUGUUGGAGCGGAUAUUGCCAAUGUUUGUAAUGAAGGUGCUUUAGUGGCUGCACGUGAAAGUGUCAAUAAAAUCGAGUUGCGUCAUUUUGAAUCCGCCAUAGAUCGAGUAAUUGGCGGUCUUGAGAAGAGAAAUAUGGUUAUGUCUCCGGAGGAAAAGAAGACUGUUGCUUAUCAUGAAGCUGGCCAUGCAGUAGCUGGUUGGUUUUUUAGAUACGCUUUACCAUUAUUGAAGGUUUCGAUUGUACCUCGAGGUUCCUCGGCCCUGGGAUAUUCACAAUAUCAACCAAGAGAACAAUAUUUGUAUUCAAAAGAGCAACUGCUGGAUACUAUUUGUAUGACUUUAGGAGGGCGAGUCUCAGAAGAAAUUUUCUUUCAGAGACUUACCACUGGUGCUGCAGAUGAUUUUCAAAAAGUGACAAAACUUGCUUAUCAAGAAAUAAGUGUCUGGGGAAUGAAUGAUAAUGUCGGUCAUGUUUCGUUUCAGAAGAGUCCAAACGAAACUCGCUUUUAUAAACCUUAUAGCGACCGAACAGCAGCAAGUAUUGAUAGAGAAGUUCGCGAAUUGUUGUCCAAUGCUUAUCAAAGAACGUAUGCAUUGCUAUUGGAGAAGAAGGAAAGUAUUCAGCAAGUUGCAGAGCUGCUUUUAGAAAGGGAACAAAUUGGUUAUGAAGACCUUGUUCGUAUUUUGGGUAAGAGACCGUUUAAAGAAGUCCGUGAUUAUGAAGAAAUCCUUGAACAAUCUAAGAAAGAAAUCAGUUCUUCACAUUAGUUUGUAGUUGAUGGCUUUAAUGAUAUUGAAAAGUCGUCCCAUAAAC